AUGACGAGUUCAAUAGAAACAAAUAGUAAUAAUAAUACUAUUAAUUGUAAUCCUAAUCCUUCUAUUGAAAAGAUUACUAACGAUUAUUAUAAUAAUCAUAUACAACAAGAUCUUCAUCAUUAUCGUUCGGCAACAUUAACUGAAACGAAUAACGGACAGUAUCAACAACCACAGCAACAACAACAACAAGGAACAAUCAAAGAAAAUCGAUCUACACAUCAUAAACAUCAUCAACAAGUUACAAAUCUUCAAAAAAGUUUAACAACAAUUCGUAAUAUGGAAGAUUAUAUUCAAUCAGCAACAGAAAAAAUCAAAUCAACAUCAACUAAUAUGCUUGAUAUAAAUAAAUCUGAUAAUGAACAUGGUACAGGUCAAAAUGGAAAUAAUGAAAUAAAAAAGCCACUUCAUCCAAAAUUAGCUAAUAUUAAAAUGGUUAUUGAAUCAAAAUCUUUAUGGGAUGAAUUUGAUAAACUUGGAACAGAAAUGAUUGUUACAAGAUCAGGAAGACGAAUGUUUCCAACUUUACAAGUGAAAAUUUAUGGAAUGGAUCCAACAGCAACAUAUUUACUUAUGGUAGAUUUUAUUCCAUUAGAUGAUAAACGUUAUCGUUAUGCAUUUUAUAGUUCAAGUUGGGUCGUUGCUGGUAAAGCUGAUCCACAUUGUCCAGGUCGUUUUCAUGUUCAUCCUGAUUCACCACAAACAGGUGCAUCAUGGAUGAAAAAUGUUGUAUCAUUUGAUAAACUUAAAUUAACAAAUAAUUUACUUGAUGAAAAUGGACAUAUUAUUCUUAAUUCAAUGCAUCGUUAUCAACCACGAGUUCAUUGUGUUUAUUCUCCAUCAUCAAAAGCUGAUGAAUUACUUGUUCAACAAACUCAAGCAUUUCGUACAUUUACAUUUCCUGAAACAAAAUUUAUUGGUGUUACUGCUUAUCAAAAUCAUCGUAUAACACAAUUAAAAAUUGCAUCAAAUCCAUUUGCUAAAGGUUUUAGAGAUUGUGAUCCUGAAGAUUGUGUUGCAGAAGUAUUAAAUCAUUUAAAUUCAAAUCAACGUUUACUUCGUUCUCAUCCGAAAUCGAAUAAUAAUUCAACAAUAACAACACAAACAAAUAUACCAACAAAUUCUUCAACAACAAAUGUUACUUCACAAACAACAUCUAAUGUAUUUAAUACAGCUGCUGCUGCAGCAAUAACUUCUCGUUUUAUGUCUGAUCCUCAAGAUCCAACAGUUAAUUUUAUUUCACCAACAGCUUAUUCAUUGGUUAAUCCUGAUCUAGCAAGUUAUGCUGCUGAUGCAUUUGUUUAUUCUCAAUUAUCGGAUUUAAAUUAUCGAUCAGUUAAUGAACCAACAUCAUCAUCAAAUAAUCAUCAUACAACACGAAUGAGUCCAUAUGCACGACAAACAUUUUAUCCAAUGUAUACUCAACGUGAUAUUCAUUCACCAUCUCGUACAACAGCUGAUUAUGCAUAA